AUGGCAACGAUGCAGCAGCCCCUGCAGGGUGCACUGUCUCUUCGCUUUGAUGCCGAUGUCCAUGCUGCCACCCAGGCCGCUUCGCAGAGCAUCACCUCCGAGCUGCAGCACUACAGGGACCAGGGCUUGCCCAUGCAGUGGUCCCAGCACAUCUCAGAUGCAGCCAUUCCCACAGCAGACUUCUCCGCUUCCACCGCACACAACACGCAGUCACCGCAGCACAAUUCGCAGGAUACUCACCAGGUCACGCAGAGUCACGCCGACGACGACGACCAUUCUGACGGCGCCGAGCAUUUCCAGCAACAGCAUCGAAUGCAGGCGCCAAAUUACGCGGGAGGCCGCACAAGCAGAGCUCAUCAGACAGUGCACACUGAUGGCAAAUCCGUGGUCCAUCAGCAUUAG